AUGGAGACACAAGGCGCGAUUGAGUAUUGGGAUUCACUGCAGGGGCACGUGGAGGGGGAGGUGAAGGUGCAGGAGGAGGUGAAGGUGUCGUUCAAGACGAAUAAUCUGACGGACGAGGUCGGGUGGGAUGGGUAUAGUUUGUUCGUGAGAGGACAGAGAAUAUUCUUGCACUCCGGCGAAUUCCACACCUUCCGCCUCCCCGUCCCCUCCCUCUGGCCCGACAUCCUCCAAAAAUUCACAUCAGCAGGUCUCAACUCCGUCUCGCUCUACACCCACUGGGGCCUCCUCCAACCUUCCCCCACGUCGCCAAUCGACUUCGAAUCCUUCCGCGCCCUCGCACCCUUCUACCAAGCCUGCCUCGACGCCGGCCUCUGGGUCGUCCUCCGUCCGGGUCCAUAUAUCAAUGCGGAGACUAGCGCGGGCGGGAUCGCGCAUUGGGCGACGAGCGAGGUGGGUGGUGGGGAGGAGGGAAGGUUGAGAGGGAAUGGGAGCGAGUGGAUGGGGAGUUGGAGGGAGUAUGUGGGGGAGGUUAUGAGGGAGAGUAGGGGGUGGCAGGUUACGGAGGGGGGACCGAUUAUUGGUGCGUACAAUGAGUACGACGAAGACGGGUACGGGAAUAGGGAGUACUUCCAGGCGGUCGAGGACCUCAUCAAGGAAUCCGGCAUCGUCGUACCCCUGACGUAUAACGACCCGAACCAGGGGAAGAAUUUCGUUAAUGGGACGGGAUCGGUGGAUAUUUAUGGCCUCGACGCCUACCCACAACGCUUCGACUGUUCCCAUCCCGAUAUCUGGAACCCGGUCACGGAGAAUUAUCACGACUAUCAUAUGGAUACGAACCCGGAUCAGCCGUUUUAUUUGCCUGAGUUCCAAGCAGGCGCCUUCGACGCCUGGGGUCCCUCCGCGCCGGGCUACGACAACUGCCGCCAGCUGACGGGGCCCGAGUUCGAGAGCGUGUUUUAUAAGGGAUUGUGGGCGGCUAAUGCGAAGAUGAUUAGUUAUUAUAUGGUUUAUGGUGGUACUUCGUGGGGCGCGAUCCCGUUCCCUGGUGUCUACACCUCCUACGACUACGGCUCCGCCAUAAAAGAGAACCGCGAGCUCACACCCAAGUACGACGAGCUGAAACUGCAGGGUCUCUUCCUGAGGAGUUCCCCCGAGUUUUAUAAGACGGAUGUGCUGGGGAAUUCGAGUGUGGGGAGUGGGGUUAAGGGGGAGGGAGGGGCGUUUGUUGUGAAAUUGAGGAAUCCGGGGAGUGGGGCUGGGUUCUGGAUCGCGAGGCAGGCGAAUUCGUCGGAUACUUCACUAACACAAUUCACACUCGAAAUCGACCCCAUCUCUCUCUCCUCCUCCCUCCAACCCUACUCCACCUCCCUCCAACCCCUUACGCUAACCAUCCCCCAAAUCCUCCCCUCCAUCUCCCUCGCCGGCCGCCAAUCAAAAGUGAUCGUGACAGACUACACCUUCGGCGCGUCCUCCAAAGUCCUAUAUUCGACGGCGGAGGUGAUGUUCGCGGGUGUGAUUGGGGGGAGGGACGUGUUGUUGGUUUAUGGGGAUGCUGUAGAAGGAGACGCGGAUGCGGAUGGCGCGGGUGGGAGCGAGAUCGCGCUGUGGUUUAAAGGCACGGGCGACCUGGACCAGAACUUGAGGUCGAGAGAGGGUAGGGUGGUGUAUAGAGACGGCGUGGAGGCAGGGAAGUUGACGACGGUGGCGUUUAUGCCUGGCAUUCGAGGCAUGGUCACUGUUUUCGAUUCGGAGGAGCAGUUGGUGAUGUAUGCCGAUAAAAGCACGGCGGCGACGUUUUGGGCGCCUGACGCCACUGGAACCACGUCCACUACCGCCUUCCCGCACUUCUGGGGCCUAGGAACGAAUAGCACCAUUCUCGUCUCAGGCCCGUACCUAGUCCGCAACGCGACGCUCACGCCGGAGGGUAUACUUGAGUUGAGAGGUGAUUUGAAGGAGGGCGUUAUGUUGGGGGUUGUGGGGCCGAGGGGUGUGAGGGGGGUUCGGUGGAAUGGGAUGGAGGUUGAGAGUUUGAGGAACACGGAUAUGGAGAACGGGAGGGGUGGGUUCGUUGGGUCCUUGAACAUGAGGAAUCUGAGGGCCGACACUGCUGGUAAUGGUAUGGGUACGGGUCUGGGCGGGAUCGAGCCCCCGGUGCUGGAGAACUGGAUGUAUAUGGAUAGCCUGCCGGAGGUGAUGCUCGGCGAGAAGUAUAACGAUGAGAUGUGGGUGGAGGCGAAUAAGACGCAGACGAAUAUUCCGUGGGGGAUGCGGUAUACGGAUGGGGAGUGGGACGGGAGGGUGCUUUAUGGGUGUGAUUAUGGGUUCUGUGAGAAUAUCGUGAUUUGGAGGGGCCAUUUCGAUGCGACGAGUGAGACGAGGAGCGUUAAUUUGUCGAUUAAUGGGGGUGAAGCCUUCGCAGCCAGUGUCUUCCUCAACAGUCACUUCCUCAAUACGUCGUACGGAAACUCGACGAAUAACAACAAUAUCAUAGGCGAGACAGAUGAGGUGUUUUACUUCCCUGAGGAUGCGCUCGUGGAAGGGCAAGAUAACGUCAUCACGAUCGUGCAGGAUAACAUGGGUUUGGAAGAAACGGAAGGUAAAACGACGGAUUCGAGCAGAUCGCCCCGAGGUGUACGUGGGUUCCGACUCAACAGCGGGAACUUCACGUCUUGGAAGGUACAGGGCAAGAUCGGUGGUUACAAUAACUUCCCUGAUAAACACCGCGGCAUAUUCAACGAAGGCGGCCUGUACGGUGAACGCCUAGGCUGGCACCUCCCCUCCUACGACACCUCCUUCUUCUCCCAUCGUGACCUCUCCGCCGGUUUACCUGGCGAUAAAGCAGGUGUGGGGUUCUUCGUGACGACGUUUGAGAUGGAUCUUCCUGGUGGUUUCGAUGUGAUGAUGUCGUUUGAGUUCGCAGAUCCUACUGGUGCGGGUGGAGAGCCGUACAGGGCGUUUUUGUUCGUUAAUGGAUGGAUGAUGGGUGAGAGGGUUGCGAACCUUGGCCCUCAAGCGAAAUUCCCCGUCCACGAGGGUAUCCUCGAUUAUCAUGGCAUCAACACCGUCGCUGUUGCGCUGUGGGCUAUGGAGUCCGUUCAUGUCUCGCCACAGCUCUCUGUCAAGAUCGAUGCGGUCCUCGACGGGGGCGUUGGUGGCGUCGUGGUCGAUAAUCCGCCGUGGUCGGAUGAGAGGUAUCGGGGAUGA